GUGAAAAGCCCUACUUGAUUUUUUGGCGUCGAAGCGCUCAGGAUCCGCUGCCCGCCGGGGAGAGACGCACCGGGAGCAUCGACGCACAAACUCACCGCCACAAAAAUGACCGUGGAGAGGAUAUUCGACGAGCUCGGGCAUUUCAAAAGAUAUCAGGCAUGUCUGUACUUUGCAGCAGUCUUCCAGGCUGUAGCCUGUGGGAUCCACUACCUGGCCUCUGUCUUCUUAGUAGAGACGCCAAACUUUGUGUGCAGUGUGCCUGGCAACAUCACCGAUGUCCUCUACGGUAACCUGACAGGAUCCAGUCUGGAAGACGUACUGCCAGUCUUCAAGCUGGGCACUGGGCCCAUGGUGGUGAGGAUGGCUGAUGGAGAACAGUGGGAGCUCAGCCGGUGCCGCAGUGCCUUGCGCAUCAACCCAAAAGACUUUACGUACAACUUUGAUGGCAACAAAACGGUGAAAGCCUGCGAUGGGAACUUUAUUUACGACCACACUGAAAUUCAACAAAGCAUAGUGACGGACUGGGACUUGGUGUGUGAGAGGGAGUGGCUGGCCAAGCUGUGCCAACCCACCUUCAUGCUCGGGGUGCUGAUCGGAGCGCUGGUGUUUGGGGACGUUGCAGACAGAGUUGGCCGUGUUAGGAUCCUGAUGUUCACCAGCCUGUGUCAGUUUGGGCUCGGCGUGUCUGUAGCGUUCUCUGGAAACUACUAUUUCUUUGUGGUGCUCCGCUUCCUCCUUGCCAUGGUGUCCAGUGGUUACCUCGUGGUGGUGUUUGUCUACGUCACAGAAUUCACUGGCAUCAAGGUGCGCACAUGGACCUCUAUGCACGUGCAUGCUGCCUUUGCCGUCGGCAUCAUGGUGGUGGCUCUGACCGGUUACCUGGUGCGAGUCUGGUGGAUCUACCAGAUCAUCCUCUCCAUAUGCACUUCCCCUUUCCUGCUUUUCUGCUGGAAGUUCCCUGAAACGCCCUUUUACUUGAUGGCCAAGGGCCGCUACAAGGACGCUCAGGAACUGCUGGAUGCCAUCGCCCGCUUCAAUGGCCUCGAAUGCAAGCUGCAGGUGCGGGAGCUGCUGACGCCGGAAGAGGUAGAGAAUGGCAGAGCUCUGCUGGAGGAGCCAGAGGAGAGGCCGCCGCAGGGUGAAAAGAAGCUGUCCAUCCUGGAUCUGUUCGGCAGCUGGAGGAUGGCGGGCCGGACGUGCACAGUGUGGGCCAUCUGGUUCAUUGGCAGCCUGGGUUACUACGUCUUCUCUUUGGGUUCAGUCAACCUUGGAGGAAACCAGUACGUUAACCUCUUCCUUGUUGGUGCGGUGGAGCUCCCCUCUUAUCUGGUUGGCUGUUUUGCAAUGGAUCGUAUUGGCAGGAAGAAGACCUGUGCUCCAGCUCUGAUCCUGGCCGGGGUCGCGUGUAUGCUCAUCAUCGUCGUACCUGCUGACAUCGAAGCACUGGCCAUCGCUCUCUCUAUGUUUGGGAAGUUUGCCAUCGCCAUCGCCUUUGGUCUCAUCUACCUGUACACCUGUGAGCUUUACCCGACCAUCAUCAGGUCUCUGGCAGUGGGCAGUGGCAGUAUGAUGUGUCGUGUUGGCAGUGUGGUGGCGCCCUUCUGUGUGUACCUGGCUGAUGUCUGGGUCUACCUACCUCAGCUCAUCGUGGGAAUCCUGGCGUUCAUUAUUGGAGUGCUGACGUUGUUGUUGCCUGAGACCCUGGGCAAGCCUCUAACAACCACUUUGGAAGAGGCUGAAGCUCUGGGACGCACGCCCAGCAAGAAGAAGAAUAAAGAUGUUGAGGACGGGUUGGAGUUGAACCAAAAUGAAACCAACGCCUGAGUGGUACCCUGCUAGAAAUCCAGAGAGACUGACACACAGAGAAGCUUUGGAAGAAAUAAAAAUGAAGGAGAAGAGAGACAAGUGUGAUCUGAAAUAGUAACAUCAUUGUUUUAGUGGAUUGUUGGAAUAGAAAUGAAAAAAAAAAACAUUGAACUUUUAUCAGAAUUUGUUGAUAUUUUUUCUGCAAAGUGACCAACAGAAAAGUGCUUUGAGGCUCAGGAGAAAUUACACAAACCCUUCUGAAUGCAUACACAUCAAAUUAAUGUAACAAUCAGUGCAGUCAAACAAAACGAACAGUACAAUCGAUCACAGCAGUCCAUGAAUUCAGUGGUGAAGGAAAUUAUGUGCUCUGUGUGUGUGUGUGUGUGUGUGUGUGUGUGUGCGCGUGUGUGAGAGAGAGAGAGAGAGAGAGACACCAAGAAGACAUGAAGGGUAUUAAAGGAUCAUUUCAGUUUAUGACAACUUCAGUCUUAAAGCCUUUACACACCUCUGAAAAUUAGAAAUACUGGCCUGCAAAUAUAUCACAUCAAAUUCAAUCUACAGUUCAAAAUAACAUAUUUAUGAGCGAGUUACUUACAUGACUAACAUGCCCCCAAUGUGUGAAGGCCUUUAGUUUUGCCUAUUUUUUCUUCAACUCCAUUUCCAAAAGUUGAGAUGCUAUGUAAAAUGUACAUAAAAACAGAAUGUGAAUACGAAGAAACUAAAGAUCAUCAGUUUUGACAAUACAUAUAUUUUCUUUGCACAGUUUUCACUUUAAUAGAUUUAAAAAAGGAUUAGAAGACUUAGAUCAGAGCCGUUGAUGAAGAGAGUCGCACCAAUGGAAGCCCAAAAUGCUUACUUGUCAUGUGAUCCAUGUAGACUUCAAAUAAAUCCCAGAAGUCCUCGGCAGGCAAUUUGACAACACUAUUCAGAGUGGCAAAACUGUGAUUUUUGGUAAUUAGUAGCUGAUAAUAUACAAUAUGAUACUUUAGAUUUCUCACUGUUCAAAAGUGCAUCAUUGCGACGCUGCAACUCAUUGCUAUAAAAAACUGGUCCAUUGGAGUAAACGGAGAUGACGCGACUCUCUUAAUCAACGGCUCCGACUAAGACUAGACUAAUUUUAUUGAUGUUUCAGACAAAAUCACAACUUUUUUGGAAUCUGGGUUGUGCCAGCUAUGAUAAGUUAAAAACAAGCAGACAGUUUACCCAGACUAUCUAAACCUCUUAAUUUUAAGGUAAAACUCAAAGGUGACGGCCCAUAUAUUUCUAUUAAAAGGAAAUCUGUGUGCGCACACAACUACAGCGUGCACAGUAGGUCAAAGAAAACCAGAAAAAUGUGAUGCUUGCAAUGAAGAGUUAAUAUUUGAACUGUUUGCCCUCUAUUCGCUACAAUGUUGUUGAUAAGGCUGAACUGU